GAGACCUUGACUGGUUUAUCGCGGUCGGACAACCGUUGGCUUGGAAAUUUGUGAGGACUUUGAGAAACCGAAGCGGGUGAUUCCGUGGUUGAGUUUCUUUGCUUGGAGGGCCAGUCUGUCUGCCUGGAAAAGGUAAAACAUCAGCCCAUAGAUCCUGGUUCUCCCUCGAGAGUCGCAGAGUACGGGCAGUGGCCAAGGUCUUGUUGGAUCUUGACGACUGGCUAUCUGUCAGACCUGUGUUUCUUGGGCUGUUGCGUUUUCCCGGCGUGGACUCGUCUUGAUAUUGCGUGCGGAUGCCCAGGCUAACAUGACUCGGAAAUGGCAGUGACGCAGAGUCGUGAUUUGGGCGAUUUGCGCCACAACUGCCUGUCCGAUCGCUAUCGAGUGUUCAUCGCGAUCGCUUCUCUGGGGCCAACUCUCUCGUUUUCGUGAUCGCCAAUAUAUAUCGCCUGUUAAGCCCGAGCUAACCACCGAGAGAAUGGCUGCCAUCUCUCCCGCUGCGAAGAAUGACCCGAAUGCGUGGAAGAAGAACCUGUCGGUCCAUGUCAUCUGCCCCGAAUGCAAGGAGGUUCCGCCCAAUUUGGAAUUCCCGGGAUCCCAUGAGACGGUGUGCGGUUCGUGCGGUCUAGUGCUGGCUGACCGAGAAAUCGACAUGCACUCCGAAUGGCGGACCUUCUCGAACGACGAUCAAAACAACGAUGACCCAUCCCGUGUUGGAGAUGCCUCCAAUCCCCUCCUCAACGGCGAUCAGCUCGAGACCCAGAUCGCCAGCGGUGGCUCAGGCCGAGUCCGCGACUUGUACCGUGCGCAGAACAAACAGUCCAGCGAAAAGGCCAACAAGCAGCUGCUUGCCGCAUACAAGGAGAUCGGCGCGCUUUGCGAUGGCUUCAACAUCCAGAAGAAUGUCGCCGACACCGCCAAGUACCUGUUCAAGGUCGUGGAUGACGCCAAGGCGUUCAAGGGCAAGUCCCAGGAUGUGAUCAUCGCAGGCUGCAUCUUCAUCGCUUGUCGACAAUGCAAGGUGCCCCGAACGUUCACCGAGAUCUUCGCCGUCACCAAGGUGACCCGGAAAGAGAUCGGGCGGAUCUACAAAGCCCUGGAGAAAUUCUUCACGGCGCAGAACCUAGAACGCAUGAACGACACCCUCUCGCGGGGCGGGGUUCCCGACCCCAACUCCGCCUACACGGCCACCACUUCGACCAAGCCCAGCGACCUGUGCAACCGGUUCUGCAAUCUCCUCGACCUGCCCUUCCAGGUUACCAGCGUCUCCUCCGCUCUGUCGGACCGCGUCACGACCAUGGGCGACCUGGCCGGGCGCUCGCCGCUGUCUAUCGUGGCCGCGUGCAUCUACAUGGCAUCGUACCUGAUGGGCCACGGCAAGUCCGCCAAGGAGAUCUCCCAGGUGGCGCACGUCAGCGACGGUACGAUCCGCGGUGCCUACAAGCAGUUGUAUGCCGAGCGCGAGCGUCUGAUUGAUCCCGAGUGGACCAAGGAAGGAAAAGGUGACUUGAAGAACUUGCCUGCUAGCUGA